AGAGUGGAUUAAUCCAAACAAAGACUUAACAUUAUUUUAUAAUACUACAAGAGCGAAUGCUGCGGUCGUAGUAUUGGUUAGAAAUUUAGAGUUAUACCAAUUAUUGGAAUCAAUAAGACAACUUGAGGACAGAUGGAAUAGAAAAUAUAAUUAUCCGUAUGUAUUUCUAAAUGAUGUAGAUUUUACCGAAGAGUUUAAAAUUAAAACAUCAGCAUUGACAAAAUCAAAAACAUAUUAUGGAAAAAUUCCAGAACAUAUGUGGAGUUAUCCGUCAUGGAUAAAUCAAACAAAAGCUGCUGAAAGUCGCUCAGAAAUGUCAUCAAAAGGUGUAAUAUAUGGUGGAUCAGAAUCAUAUCGGCAUAUGUGUAGAUUCAAUUCAGGGUUUUUCUUUCAACAUCAACUGCUAUUACCUUUUGAUUAUUAUUGGAGAUUAGAACCUUCUGUUAAAUUUAUGUGCGACAUCGAUUAUGAUCCAUUUUUAUUUAUGCAAAAGAACAAAUUAGUUUAUGGAUUUACGAUUAGUUUAAAGGAAUAUGAAUCUACCAUUCCUACACUUUGGGAUGCCGUAAAACAAUUUAUAAAAGAAUAUCCACAUCAUAUUAAGGAGAACAAUAUAAUGAAAUUCAUUAGUAAUGAUAAUGGAGAAACUUACAAUCUAUGUCACUUUUGGAGUAACUUUGAAAUUGGUGAUUUAAAUUUUUGGAGAAGUGACCCGUACCGAGAUUUUUUUAAUCAUUUAGACAAGUUAGGAGGAUUUUUCUAUGAACGUUGGGGAGAUGCGCCAGUUCAUUCGAUAGCCGUGGCGUUGUUAGCUCAAAAAUCAAAAGUCCAUUUUUUCAACGAUAUAGCAUAUUAUCAUAUACCAUUUCAACACUGUCCGACGGAAAAGGAAUAUCAUGAUACUGGAAGAUGUCAUUGUGAUCCGAGAGAAAACUUUG